GGCCUGAUCACGUGGCCUCGCUCCUGGGCUGUGACUGGCCGGCGUCCCCUGCCGGCAGUCACGUGGUCUCGCGCGCGCGCGCAUGGGGGCGGAGCAGGGAGCUCGGCGCUCCUUCACCUCGCGCCCGGCCCCUGUGCGCCGGACGGCGGCGGUGGGGUGGGGGGCGUCGACUGAUGCGGAAGUGCGGGGCGCGUGCGGGUGGUAGGCAGUCCGUGCGGGGGCCGCGCCGUGUUCCCCGCGGGCGGUGCUGUGGCGGUGCUCCCCGCGCAGACCUGCGGUGGUCCCUGCGCCCGCCUGCUGCGCAGUCCGUGGGUGGACACGUGCCGGGCACAGACUUCCAGAGAUUCACGGACUGUUACAGGCGCCUGCACCAGCUGCAGCCCGAGAUGACGCAGCGGAUCUAUGACAAGUUUAUCACCCAGUUGCAGACGUCUGUCCGGGAGGAAAUCUCUGAGAUCAAAGCAGAGGGGAACCUGGAAGCGGUCUUGAACACCUUGGACAAGAUCGUGGAAGAGGGCAAAGACCGCACGGAGCCGGCCUGGCGCCCCAGUGGGAUCCCGGCAGAAGACCUGCGCAGCGCCCUGGCGCCCUACUUGCGGCAGCAGCGGGACGCCCUGCGGCGCCGUGUGCACAGGCAGGAGGCCGAGAACCGGCAGCUGGCCGAGGCGGUGCUGGCUGGCCGCGGGCGAGUGGAGGAGCUGCGGCAGCAAGGCCGGGCCCGGCAGCAGGCCUGGCAGGCCCUGCGCAGAGAACAGAGGGAGCUGGUGGGUGUGCUGGGGGAGCCCGAGUGAGGAGGCUGCCGGACCAGGAGCAGAGGGCAGCCGAGGUCGAGGGCCCGGUGAGCUGCCUCUGAAAACCACUGAAAUGGUGCCCAGUCCCUGAGCAGGGAUGGAGUUAGCUGGAGGAUGAGGCCUGACUGUCCCUCCUGUUUUGGGGGCUCCCUUGGGGCCACACACCCACCCACCCACCCCCUUCAGACCCUUCCCUGUUUUCUUCUAACUUGAGGACUGUUGGCCAGCUCCCAUGUUGGGAAUCAGGCUCCAGGCUCUCUGUCCUCCAGGCCGGGGCCAGCUGCCCGCCCCGCCCAUGCUUGAGCGCCCCCGGACCUGGCUCGGGGAGUCUGUUCGGUCUGCCCUGAUUGCCCCCUUGCCGGCCAGCCCGAGGGCCCUUGCCAUGUUCUCGCCACAUCCAGAAAUAAACUUCCUCCGCUUCCUC